AUCAGCAGACUAUAUAAACACCGCGGAGCAUCAUUUUCUCAGUCCACAUAGAAUCUUCAUCGUUCAUACAGCAAUAUGAAUUAUCACGAGUGUACGACAAUUGUCAUAGUACUAUCGUGUAUCGGUAGUAAUGUACUUGCUGGACUCUUACCGGGUGGUGGUGAAAGUGGUGGGUAUCAAUACAGACCAGGUGGCGGAUUCAAUGAUAGAUUCGGAGGGGGGGUAGGUGGUGGAUUUGGCAGAGGUGGUGCAGAUUUUGGUGGAUCUAACUUUCGAGAAAGACCUUCGGGAUUAUACGGAACACCAGCUUUCGGAGGGGAUGGUAAUCGUGCCGGUAGUGGUGGUGGUGUAGGUGGUGGUAGUGCAGGUGGUAGUACUGGGGGUGAUUUUGGAGGAGUAUCUUCGACUUAUGGGGCACCUGGAUUUGGUACCGGCGGUAACAGAGGAUACCAAGGUGGUUUUAAUGGAGACUAUGGAAGGCCGCAACCGUACAAUUUCCAAUAUCAAGUUUAUGAUCCACCGAGUGGAAACGAUUAUUCCCAACGCGAAAGUAGCGAUGGAAAUCUUGUGCAAGGGGAAUAUAGAGUUUUGUUACCGGACUCGAGAACUCAAAUAGUCAAAUAUACAGCCGACGAUGCUAAUGGUUACAAUGCAGAUGUUCAGUACGAAGGUCAGGCUCAAUAUCCACAAGACGGCAGAUACGGGAACAAUGCUUUCGGAAAUGGAAAUAUUGGAAGUAAUCAAUAUUUGCCACCACGUGGAAAUUACCGGAAAUAAAUAAGAUUAUCAUUACUGAUUAUUAUAUUAUCAUUGAUGUACUCGUCCAAGCUUGAGCAACAACAACAACAACAACAACAACCACCAUAGACCUCUUCACUUCUGCAAACGUUUUUUUUUAUUAUUUAAUCGUGCAUAUUUGUCAUAUUUUUCAUCGUUCAUAGCUAUUUAUGUAAAUGUAACUAUGAAAUAGUAUAAUUUAUUACAUAUACACCGUAUAUACUACGUUACAUAUACAUUAUAAUUAUUAUACGCGAAUAAUAUUAUAAUACAAGAAAUAUACGUGCUUACCGCAAAACAAAACUCUCCCCCCCCUGGGUCUUCCACAUAGAGGAAUUCUGCAAUUUAUAUAUAACUAUAUCUAUGUAAUUAUAUAUACACUUGUAGUCAAAUGACGAAUAUAUAAUACCUUUUAUAAUCAUCUUACCAAAACUCGUAUUUCAAUUUUUGUUAACAGAUCUACGAUUCUUUGCUCCAGCCCGCCUUUUUUCUUUCCUUGUUUUUUUAAAUUUAAUUUUUGAAUUCGUAAAAAAAUUAAUGCAACGAGAUUGGAGUUUACAAAGAUUUCAUUAAAUACAUGUUUAACUCUUUCUUUGCAAGCAUGCAGAAUCGACCGAUCGAGAUCGUACGAGCAAAUUUAUAUGGAACGAUAUUUGUGUAACACGGAGGAAUAAAAAUGAAUAUGUUGUUAUUAUAAACAGAAGUUAAGGAAAAAAGAUAA